CAAGCGAUAUAAUAUCUUGUUCAUAUCCAAACUCUUUUAAAUUUUCAAACCGUAUAAAAACUGUUCAAUCUAAAUUGUAUGACGAAAAUUGUAUAUUUCUAGUAUGGAUUCUCGACGAAAUACAUUUUUUCUACUUCUGUGUAUAAAUUGUCUCCUUUGGAACCUAAAAUUCGUAGUCGGUUCUGAUAGAGUUCAAAUCCGUAACGUCGAAGUAUUAACCCUGUAUCAAGGUAAAAUGACCACGGGAAGAAGAAGCACUCCCGUUCUUCAGUUGAGAUGCUCUGGUGGAUCUGCGGGUUGUUCUGCUUUUGUCCCACAAGUUGUGCAGUGUUACAACAGAGGCUGGGAUGGCUAUGACGCCCAGUGGGAAUGUAAGACAGACAUGGAUAGCAAGUACAGAUUCGGCAAGAUUGACGUGAGCUGUGAGGGAUAUGAUUAUCCGGAUGAUCCCUAUAUUCUUCGAGGAUCGUGUGGGUUGGAAUAUACUAUCGAAUUAACGGAAGAGGGGAAUGCUAAAAAACAAGGGUGGUCAAAUUAUCAUGGAUAUGACAAUUAUCAAGGUGGAUAUCGUAAAAGGUAUAACAGUUCCAGUGGUUUCGGUGAACUGGUCAUGUUCAUUGCUAUUGCCGUCAUUUUCUACAUGGUUUUCAAGACAUGUACAUCUAAUCCACAUAUAGAUACAGAGACAACUGCUCCUCCUUAUAACCAGGAUCCGAACAACAUGGGAAGGCCAGGUCCAAGUGCCCCGCCGCCACCUUAUGGACCAGACCCUCCCGGCUUUAAGCGAGAAUAUACACAAGGUCACACAGCCCCGCCUCCAUAUCAGGAACCUGGAUACCGUAACGAGUACACACAAGGUGCCGCUGGAAGUACAACAACUGGAUCUGCUACGAACUCAAAUGCUGGAUUUUGGACCGGUGCGGCUACUGGAGGUCUGCUUGGAUACUUGUUCGGCGGACGAACGAGAACAGGCUACCAUUACAAUCCCUAUAACAACAGAGGAUGGGGCGGGGAUUGGGGCGGUGGCUGGGGAUCAUCCUAUCAGUAUUCACCUCGAAAUUCAGGCGGAUUUUUUGGGAAUUGGUUCGGAGGAAGCGGAUCUUAUCGACCUUCCCAUAAUUCCUAUGGUUUCUCGUCUUUUGGCGACUCGUCGUCAUCGUCAUCGUCACCAAGCAGUGGAUCUCGGACCACUUCAGGAAUGGGUGGAACUUCAAGGCGAUGACUCAUUAAAAAUAUUUGUUAUAUCAGUUAUAUAUAUGCUAGUUUGUAGAUGCAGCACGAAAAUUUGCGCUGAUGCAGAAUCAGGAUGUAUUAUUGCCUUCAUAUAUUGCCUUUUUUUUUGCUUGACGUUUUUUAGCCAAAUAAUACCUAAUUUCCAUAAAAUCGUAAGUGUCGUGAGCGUGUCAAGAUGUGCGACGUCCGAUUUAUUGCGGAAUUUAGGUUAAAGCAUGGUUGAGUACACCAAUCAUAAGUUAUGGUCAUUUACAUAGUAUAUACGCGUAUAAGCAAAUAUAUAGUGAUAUGGUUAUAAAUUGUAUAUGUAUUGUUAAAGAAAUUGUUAAGUAAUGUCAAUAGUGUAGUAUUAUAUAGCAUAUAGGAAAUGGAGGUUUUGAGGUAGCACGUUGUAGCAACCGCGAAACUAAUGUCCCACAUAAUAACGUAAGCGGACGCAAAUGUGGGUUGUAGCGGAGCGAAAACCAAAGAAAAACAUCCUGUAGUUCUGUAAGAGAUGCAUCAGGAAAUGCAUCAUUGUUUGGUAAAGCAUCCUAUUUUGUUACUAUAAAUAUAAGGUAGAAUCACUGUUGUAAGUUACGGUUGUGUAUUAGAGCGUGAAUUGUUGUGAAUUCAAUUCCCAAAUCGCACUAUUUUUGAUCAUUAAUCACAUCAUUUAUAAGCCAAUAAGAUUGAAGGUCUUCACCACAAUAACCAAUCAGAUUUAGUAUUUCAGUACAAAUUACAGGAGAAAAUGGCACAAAAUGUUAUUAUUUUGUCUUUGAAUUUUUAAAUGCCCCGCAAAAUUUCUUGAAAAAAAUAGAUGAAAAUUAUAAUCGCAUUUUACACCGUUUACGGUAUUUUCAGCCAAUAAAUCCUUUUGAAUUUGCUUAAUUUUUUGUAUAGUUUCAAAAUGAAUUUAAUAAAGUGGAAAUUGCACUUCGUGUCGUGCAAAUUUGGUGUGAAAUCAAACAGUUGUGAUUUCGUAACCACGCAUUUGAUUUCUCACCAAAUUCCACUCCACUCAGUGCAAUUACCAUUGCUAUCACAUCAUAACCUUGCUACCAUUAAAAAUGAGCUUCCCGUUAUGAUUACCUAUCAACCGAUUCUCAUGCGGUGCUUGGGAGUCAAACUUGAUGAAAAGUGAAGUGGGUUAAAACUUGCAAUAAAGUUGGAGUGAGUCUUGGAAUUUUAAAGCGAAUGAAAACCUGUAUUCCUGUUAACAUAUAUAUAUUCAUAUCCAUUUAUAACGCUCUGAUACAGCCUAGCUACUUUGAUUACUGCUCACCCGUUUGGGGAGUUUGUAAUAGAACACUGAGAGAAUCAUUACAGAAAUUGCCAAAUCGCGCUGCUAGAAUUAUAGUUGGCGCCAGUUUUGAGACUAGAUCUGCUGACGUUCUUCGAUCUCUUGGUUGAAAAAAUCUAGACGGUUCUUAUUUAAUUUGGCUCUUCCAAAACGAGAAAGAGAAUUUUUUUAGAAGUUUCAAGUAUAGUUGUGCUUGCCUUUGGAAAAAUCUUCCUUCUGAAGCUAAGCAAGCUGUAUCAGUAUUCGCAUUCGAUUUCAGUAACAGAGCAAUUUUAUUCACACGCUUUUGUGUGAGUGACUUCUAGCCUCGUUGCAUAUAUUGUAAAGUUUAGUAUUAUAAGUGUCCUCAUUUUCUUUUAUAUUGUAAUAUUAUUACAUAUAGACGCCCCCGUGGAAAUCAACUCUUGUAGCUGCAUGUCGGGGCUAGCGUCGUUUAAAUAAUUAAGAAAUAGAAAACAUUCAGUGUUUCUAUAUACAGUUGUAGAAACACGAGUGGGAAAUGCAAUGUUUCCCGCUAGGGAAACAAGUGAAAAAUUGUUGCCCGCU